AUGAAGGCCUCCGUCCUCCUCGCUCUCCUGCCAGCUUUGGCCAUGGCUAACCCGGUCGAGCUCGAAGCGCGCGAGAACUGGAACAUCCUCAAGCUCGGCAAGCCUUGCAAAGAGCCUUCCAGCUUCACCUCUGCCGUCAGCACCCGGGCAAUUGACACCACCAUCAUCAACAACGACGGCGCUUCGGUUCCCGGACAGAGUGGAGCUCGCGGCCACUUUGGCUUUAAGCUCAACUCCAAGGAGGACAAGAUUUGCUGGGACAUUACCACUGUCGGCGUGACCGGAGAGUACCAAUCUCCUGCCAACACUGCGACACACAUCCACCAAGCCGCUGCGGGAAGCGCAGGUCCGCCUCGUCUUGCCUUUCCCAACCCAGAGUUCAAGUACACCGAUGUUGAGGGCAAGGAGGUUCGCGUCAGCAAAGGCUGCGCUCAAGGACCCUUCAGCACUGGUCUGACCGUCGCUGGUCAACCGGGCGUCGACACUGGCUCUGCUUCGGGCUUUACCAUUGCCCAAAUUGAGAACAACCCCGUGGGAUUCUUUGCCGACACCCACACCGUGGCCUUCCCUGCUGGAGCCAUUCGAGGUCAGCUGCAAAAAUCCGAGGUGCCCGUCAAGAGACCCAAGCGCUUCACUCACUCUCUCAAGGGAGUCGCGACCGAUGGAAACGUCAUCACCCCUGCCCCCGCUCAGCAGCCCGUUGCAGGAGAGAAGGGUGCCAAAGCAUGGUUCAACCUGGACCUUGACGUCGACAAUGAGAUUCUCUGCUACCACAUCAAGACGAAGGGAGUGACUGGCAAGUACUUUUCUCAAGCCAAGACCUCCACCCACGUCCACCGUUCUCCCGCCGGAACUUCCGGACCUCCCGUCAUCUCCUUCAAGAACCCUCAAAAGGUGUGGUGGGGAUGGAAGACGCGCAAGAGCCAGGCUUGCGUCAAGGGUCCCUUCACCACUGGUCUCCUCAACCCUCAGGGACAGGACACUGGUAACGGCUUCAAGCUCGCUGACCUCGUGGCCAACCCUGAAGGAUGGGCCAUCGACACUCACACUGAGAAGUUCAUCCCUGGCGCUGUCCGCGGUCAACUCGCUCGCAAGUAA